AUGGCCCCCGGCGCCGAGAAGCCCGUUCUUACGGCCGAGGAGAAGAGCGCAAAACCGGCAAAGAGCUCGACGAGAUACCCCUUUUGGUUCGGUGGCAGCGCCAGCAGUAUGGCAGCCUGCGUUCGCCUGCAAGUCCGCCGGCCCGAUGCCCCCAAAAACAUGUCCGGCACCGUCCUCCACAUCCUCAAGUCCGACGGCCCCGCCGGCCUCUACGCCGGCCUCUCGGCCUCGCUGCUGCGCCAGAUGACCUACUCGACCGUCCGCUUCGGCGUCUACGAGGAGCUCAAAACGCGCGCCAUGCGCCGCGCCCCCAACAACAAGCAGCCCUCGUUCCCCGUCCUCACGGCCAUGGCCUCCCUGGCCGGCUUCAUCGGCGGCGUCUCCGGCAACGCCGCCGACGUCCUCAACGUCCGCAUGCAGCAGGACGCCGCCCUGCCGCACGCCGAGCGCCGCAACUACCGCCACGCCCUCGACGGCCUGCUGCGCAUGGCCCGCGACGAGGGGCCCCUGAGCUGGUUCCGCGGCGUCCUGCCCAACAGCAUGCGCGCCGCCGCCAUGACCGCCUCGCAGCUCGCCAGCUACGACACCUUCAAGGGCCUGCUGCUGCGCAACACGCCCCUGCAGGACGACCUGACCACCCACUUCACCGCCUCGCUGCUCGCCGGCAUGAUGGCCGCCACCGUCACGAGCCCCGUCGACGUCAUCAAGACGCGCGUCAUGACCGCCACGACCCAAGAGGGCCUCGUCAAGACCCUCAAGACCAUCUACCGCAACGAGGGGCUCGGCUGGAUGUUCAAGGGCUGGCUGCCCAGCUUUCUGCGCCUCGGACCACAAACAAUUUGCACCUUUGUCUUCUUGGAGAUGCACCGCAAGCUAUAUAGGAAGGUCGCCGGCUUGGAUGAAGACAGACUAAAGGCAUAG